AUGGCGGGCUCCCCCACUCCGCCCACCGAACCUCUCUUCCACUCCGAGCCGCCGUACAGCGCUCCGAACCCGGCCGGCUCCCCGCGGCUCUCCGCAGCUUUCCUGAGCGGCAGAGUCCCGGUGAGCGCGACGGGGACGAGCGGCGGCGGCGGCGGCGGCGCGUCCCCGCACACGGAGUGCCGGAUGGUGGAAGUUCACGGGGUGAAGGUGGCCUCGUUCACGGUGAACGGAGCCGAGCUGAUCUGCCUGCCGCAGGUGUUCGAGCUGUUCCUGAAGCACCUGGUCGGCGGGCUGCACACCGUCUACACCAAGCUGAAGCGGCUGGACAUCAGCCCGGUGGUGUGCACCGUGGAGCAGGUGCGCGUCCUGCGCGGGCUCGGAGCCAUCCAGCCCGGCGUGAACCGCUGCAAGCUCAUCACCAGGGCCGACUUCGAGACGCUGUUCCGGGACUGCACGAACGCCAGCUCUCGACCAGGUCGGCCUCCCAAGAGGACUCUGGGCGUGACAAGCAUGACGGACGGCUCCAGGCUCCUCCCACACAGUCUGCUAAGCCCCGCCCUGCUGUCUCAGACAGGUCUGACGGCGGCGGCGAUGGCUGAGGCUCUGAAGCUGCAGAAGAUGAGGAUGAUGAUGGGUUUCCAUGGCAAAAGCGACCAGCAGCGACAUCACAGCGGCGCCGAGUCGGAGAACGACGACACGGGAGGCAGUGAAGGAUCAUGGGAGAAGGAGCAGCGCCUCCUCUCUCCUCGCCCGUCAGUCGCAGCCCCUCCUUCCCGCUCGGCGUCGCUGCACCUCAACACUCUGCAGCAACACAGCUCGCUAUUGGCCAACCGUCUGUCAGAGCUUCCUUUUAUGAUAAUGCCACACCCCCUUCUCCCCGUUGGCCUGCCUCCUGCCAGCGUUGCCAUGGCAAUGAACCAGAUGACCCAGCUAAGCGGUUUGGCAAAUAUGGCCGUUGUGUCACAAGUCCAUACAGAAGACAGCAAGGAGUCUCUGACAGGAAGCCCCUCCCCCUGCCCCUCCCCCAGUGAUGAUGAACUCCACCCCCAGGAACCAACCAGUCAAUCACCUUCCAGAGCAUCUUCAUCCUCCUCCUCAUCACCUCCUCCUCCAACACACACACCAGAGCUGGACGCAGGAAGUGUGGAGCCCGAAAACAGCAAAGACCUGAUGAAAGAAAAAGAUGAAAGCCUGUUGCCCCUCCCCCUCCUCAAACCAACCUACGAGAAGUUGGCUCUCGCCUCUCAGUCGCUGUCAAUCAGCCACACAAACAGCGCCUUUGCUCCUUUCCUAUUGGCUGAGGGCCUGUCGUCCAUGGAGACGCUGCUGACCAACAUCCAGGGGCUCCUGAAGGUGGCGGUGGAGAGCGUUCGCUCUCAGGACAAACAGAACCAGCUGGAGAGGAAAGAGUUAAAACUGGAGCUGGAGCGAGAACGAGACGCUCGGCAGGCGCUGCAGAGACACCUGAGCUCCGAACUACAGAGCAGAGUGUCCAUCCAGAGGAGGCUGAAGAAGGAGAAGAAGGCGAAGAGGAAGCUGCAAGAGAUGUUGGACUUUGAGUCCAGGAGGAGGCAGCAGGUGGAGCGAGCACUGAAGCAAACAGACUGCUGCUCAGAUGCAGCGACGCCUGAAAGCGAACUGGAGAACAAACAGCAGGAGAACUCAGCUGCUCACGAGAAGCGAGUGUUCACCAAACCUCCUCUGCUCUUCUGA